CGCACACACUUCCUUUCCCUAACAUGCCAACACCUCUUUGGCUCUUUCUCCACCUUCACAGCAUCUGAAUAUCUCUAGACUCCAUAUACACGAUUAUAUAUUUCUCUCUCUAAAUCGACAAAAGAAAAUUACCUACCACAAACAAUUACUUUCUCGAGAAAUUACUGUUAACGGCAGAUCAGCAAGAACCAGAAAAACCCUAGUCCAUUUUCGCACUUCAUUUUCAAUUGAUAAGAAUUUAUUAUAAUAAGUAAAUGUUUGUGUAGAAAGCUUGAUGAGGUUGUAUCGUAGAUGCACGAGGAUUUUUAUCCUCUGUUUGCUCGGUGUUUCUGUUUUUGUUCCAAUUUUUCUCCUUUCGUUUAGGCUCAAAAACCUUAACUCUGAAGUAUCGAAAGGAUAUGUGGAAGAUUUAUCGAUUAUUAAACACAGAACAGAGUCUCAAAUACUUAGUGCAAUUAAGCAGGAAGAAGGUGAAGGUUUGAAAGAACCACCCUUGAUCGUGUACAAAGAUGGAGACCUCACUUCGGCAGUUAGUUUUAGUUCUACUGACGAUAAUAGAAUUGGUGAGUCUGGAAAUGUUGCAGAUAAAGUUAAUUUUUUGGGAAACAAUGUGUUCAAUCUUGAUGUGAAGGAAGAUCGCCAAAAACCUCUGCAGAAGGAUAGGUUGCCCAUUUCUGGGGAAAAGCAACAUUCCCAGCUAAACGAGUUUCAACAAGAUGAAAACGUACAGUAUAUGGCACGAAGGGCAUUAGAUGAGAAGGUUAAAGAGAUGAAAGACCAGGUAGUGAGGGCGAAAGCAUACUUGAAUUUUGUACCACCAAAUAGCAGCUCUCAUUUUGUAAAAGAGUUGAAGCUAAGAAUUAAAGAGGUUGAACGAGCUACGGAUCAAAUCACCAAAUCUUCCUAUCUGUCUAGGAGUGCUCUGCAGAAGAUGAAAGCUAUGAAUUCUACCCUGUUAAAAGCCAGUCGUAUUUACCCUGACUGCUCUGCCAUGGUGAAAAAGCUUCGUGCUAUGACUUACAAUGCUGAAGAGCAGGUGCGAUCUCAGAAGAUGCAAGAAACCUUUCUUGCAGGACUCGGCGGAAGAACUAUACCGAAAGGCCUUCACUGCCUCUCUUUGAAGUUGACUGCUGAAUACUUUUCCCUAGAGCCUGAGAAACGGGUGCUCCCCAACAUGGAUAAACUGCAAGAUCCAGAGCUCUAUCAUUUUGCUGUUUUUUCUGACAAUGUUUUGGCUUGUUCAGUUGUUGUGAACUCAACCAUAUCAACUGCUAGGGAACCAGAGAGAAUAGUAUUUCAUGUUGUGACAGAUUCCCUCAACCUCCCAGCAAUAUCAAUGUGGUUUUUAUUGAAUCCUCCUGGCAAAUCUACAAUCCAGGUUGAAAGCAUAGACAAUUUUGGAUGGUUAUCCACCAGAUAUAAUGCAACUCUGCAGAAGGAAGGCUCUGUUGAUCCAAGAUACAUAUCUGCACUGAACCACCUUCGGUUUUAUUUGCCAGAUGUUUUUCCUCUUUUGAAAAAGAUUGUGCUUCUCGACCAUGAUGUGGUGGCACAAAGGGAUUUAACAGGGCUAUGGAAUAUUAACAUGACAGGCAAAGUAAAUGGUGCUGUGGAGACUUGCAAUAAAGUAGAGCCUUCAUUCCGUCGUAUGGAUAUGUUCAUUAAUUUCACUGACUCCAUGGUGGCCAAGAAGUUUGAUGCCCAGACAUGCACAUGGGCUUUUGGGAUGAAUGUGUUUGAUCUGCAAGAAUGGAGGCGACACAAUCUAACUGGAAUCUAUCACAAAUACCUACAUAUGGGAAAUAAGAGGCCGUUGUGGAAAGCAGGUAGCUUACCCAUUGGGUGGAUCACAUUUUACAAGCACAUAGUAGCUUUAGAUGGAAGAUGGCAUGUUCUUGGGUUGGGUUAUGACUCUGGAGUCAGACAGGCUGACAUUGAGCAAGCUGCAGUUAUACAUUUUGAUGGAAUCUCGAAACCAUGGUUGGAUAUUGGGCUCGCGAAGUAUAAGCACUAUUGGACGAAAUACGUCAAGUACGAACAUCCCUACCUGCAACAGUGCAAUAUCCAUGAGUAGUUAGAUUACAUACGAGAGUUCUUGAAUUCGUCUCACAUAUUGGUUGCUUUACACUGUAGGAACCAUACACAAUCACUUAAUUCUUUCCCAUUCUUCAACAAUUUUCCAAUGUAAAUUUUAGUUCGUCUUUUAUUUUUAUUAAAUUUUACUAAUGGAGAUGAGCCUGUCGAUUGAAUUGAAGCAAAAUUAGUUAAAAAUAAUCAGGCUUAAACAUAGUGUUCAUGUUUUUA